ACCUCAACCAUGGAAGUGCAAACAUGGCUGUUGCGCUGCUCUCGGCAUGUCGUCCUCCUCCUCCUGCUGCUGCUCCACUCCGCAGUCGUCGUGGCGCUUUUCGAACAAGCUGUUCAGCACAGCGAGCCAAGCGGAAGCUGCUGGAGCUGAUCUCGGAGGAGGAUCGAGGUCUGAGAACCCAGAAAGACGCCACGAAGAGAGACGCAAUCGUGAAUGCCAUCGAAUCCAUGGCGGUAAUCGGCCGUAGCUCCAUCACCACAGGCGACUCUCUAUCUGCCACGUGGCGGCUCCUUUGGACGACGGAGAAGGAACAGCUCUUCAUCAUAGAAAAGGCGGGUUUGUUUGGGACGAGCGCCGGAGACAUUUUGCAGGUGAUCGAUGUAAAGAAACGGAUCCUCAAUAACGUCAUCACUUUCCCGCCGGACGGUGUUUUCUUCGUACGCUCUGAUAUCCAAAUCGCUUCCCCGCAGAGAGUCAAUUUCAGAUUCAAUAGUGCGGUGUUGAGAGGGAAGAACUGGGAGCUCCCACUGCCACCAUUUGGGAAGGGCUGGUUUGAGAAUGUGUAUAUGGACGGUGAUAUCAGAGUGGCCAAGGACAUCAGAGGAGACUACUUAAUUGUUGAUCGUGCUCCUUAUAACUGGACAGAAUGAUUUGUAUAUUUACUAGGUUAAAGCUUUGUUUCUUUCUUGUAUGAUAAUACACCGCUUCAAUUCCUCUGAAUAGUCAUCGUCUUUUACCAUUGGGUCUCAAAUAAAUGAGGCAGGAAUGUAAGGAGAGAGAGAGUAAUAUGAAGGAUCAUUCAAAGUGUGACCCUUGAGUAUAUUUCGGGUUUUUGUCUGUUUGUUACAAACGCACCACCCACAUUUUCUA